AUGUCCUGGCCGUGCCUUCUCCGUGGCCUCACCACAUCCCUCAGUCGUGGCCUAGCCCUAGCUCACCAGCUCUGGGCCACCCGAUCCAUGGCCACCCUGAACCAGAUGCAGCUAGGCCACUGGAAGGAACCCCUCAAGCCUCUGGGCCCCACAGAGGGCCGGCCCCAGCUGAAGGGUGUGGUGCUGAGCACCUUUAUCCAAAAGCCGAAGAAACCUAACUCUGCCAACCGAAAGUGCAUCCGAGUGCACCUCAGCACAGGCAGAGAGGCCGUCUGCUUCAUCCCUGGGGAGAGCCACACCCUGCAGGAGCACCACGUGGUCCUCGUGGAGGGCGGUCGCACCCAGGACCUGCCUGGGGUCAAGCUCAAAGUUGUGAGGGGCAGGUAUGACUGUGGCCACGUGCAAAACAAGAAAUGA